ACCAAGGCUCAUUAUUCUUUCCGUCCCGCACGAAAAUCGCUAGGACGGUCGGUAUCUACAUCUCUCUUAGCACAACAUGGCAAGCACCAUGAAGUGGACUAUUGGAGUAGCUCUGACCAUCCUACUGGCGGUAGCGGAAGCGGUACCCUUGGAGGACUGGACUCAGAAAGGCUUGAUUCGAGAUGUCCGAGCUCCCAAGAAAUCAAAAUCAUCAUGCGGUGGCAGAGUGACAGGAUCUCGGGGCACCCUCACCUCGCCAAACUUCCCCUCACCCUACCCCACAGAUGUGACCUGUGAAUGGGUUAUACGAGUCGGCCCUAAACAGGCCAUCGAGCUGACGAUCGAGACCAUUGAUAUAGAGCAAAGCAAGAAAUGCCGCUACGACAGCCUUGAAAUCAACGAUGGGCCAAACUCCAAGUCUCCCGAGCUUGGCGCGUUCUGUGGCACCAAGCCACCCAAGGCCGCCAUCCGCUCAUCCGGGAACUCCAUGUACGUCAAGCUGACGUCAGAUGACGGUGAUACCGGCAAGGGUUUCCGUGCGACUUGGAGGGCCGUGUCACGUGAUAUCAAGUGCGGUGGCGUGUUCAGUAACCUGACGGGUACCAUGACCAGCCCUAUGUUCCCCAGUAAUUACCCCGCUAACGUGGACUGCGAGUGGAUCAUUAAAGUGCCCAUCACCCAUGCUCUGACCUUGAUCUUCGAGGUGUUUAACAUCGAACGCAGCAGCAAAUGCAAGUACGACUCGGUGGAGAUCUGGGAAGGAGACAAGAAAGACUCUCCAUCCCUGGGUCGGUUUUGUGGCACUGACUCUCCCGGGAAGAUCAAGGCGCAAGGCACUACACUCAAAGUUAAGCUCCACUCGGACGAGUCCGACACCGGACACGGCUUCCGCGCGGUCUGGACAUCCAAGAGACUGACGCAGCCAGAAGACGGGUCAGGAGCGCGUCUUUGUGGGACCAGCGCCGUUGGUACUCGCAUCGUGGGUGGGGUGGUGGCAAAGCCCGGCGCAUGGCCCUGGCAAGUGGCUCUGAUAUGGGCGAAAGGGCACGACAAGGGUGCGCAGUUCUGCGGGGGGUCCCUAAUCGACCCGGAGUGGGUUCUGACGGCUGCACACUGCUUUGAAAUCACCAAAGACAAGUCACAGUACAUGCUCAGGCUAGGAGAGCACAACUUCAACGAGGACGAGGGCACAGAGCAAGAUUUCUACAUUGAGAAAUACUACAUUCAUCCGAAAUACGACGAGAAGACUACGGACAACGACAUGGCGCUGAUCAAACUCGAUCGACCCGCCACACUGAACAAGCGAGUCAACACCAUCUGCCUUCCUGAAGCCGACGACGAGUUCAAACCGGGGACCAAGUGCACCAUCAGUGGGUGGGGCGCGCUGCAGGAGGGUGCUGGGUCUACCUCCAAGGUCCUCAUGCAAGCCAAGGUACCGCUUGUAUCACGUGACCAGUGCAGCCAUCAACAGUCCUACGGUGACAGAAUCACGGAGAACAUGCUGUGUGCCGGAAUGCGUCAGGGGGGUGUCGACUCCUGUCAGGGCGACUCAGGGGGGCCUUUCGUCUGCACGAACCCCGAGAACCCGCGCCAGUGGACACUGGUGGGCGUGACCAGUUGGGGGAAGGGGUGUGCGCGUGCUCUCAAGUACGGCAUUUACGCCAACGUCCGCCGCUAUCUGCACUGGAUCAACCUCAUCACGGGGCAGUUGCCAACGUUACCCCCCCGUACUACGCCAGGAACUGAUGGAAAUACGCCUACUUUACCUUCUAUGCCAGGGGGAGGUGGUGCUCCGGCUCUUCCCCCAUUACCUUGAGUAUGGUUUGGACGCGCGUGUAGGGUCAGCUGAAAAGAGAACAUAUGAAAUGAAUAAAAAUAUGCUGACAAUUUAA